AUGGAUGAUACUCUCGGGUUUAGUGAGCAAGAGAAGAAGCCGUCAGAUGACUGGCAUCUUGGUGACACGGAGGAAAGUGUUUCCUCUGUAACAUCAAAGAUUUGUCCUCAUUAUCAGGACCUGCAAGUACUUGAAAAGAAAGAUUUUUUCCUGGACAGACCACAAAUACCAGCAACGUAUUGGGAAAGAUUAUCUUUCCUCAGGAGUUAUGCAACGAGUCAGACUAGAACUAUGUUUCUUUGUGUACAAGAAGAAGACUUUAGAGUAUAUCUCUGGAAUUACCUUAUAAAUGUUUUCUUCAAGAGCCUACCGACCACUUAUGUGUACGCAUUUUUAAGUGCAUACGUACCGGACACACAUUUUUUUGUUGCGAAGAUAUUCCCCAUCGCUCAUGCCUUUAUCGUUUUGCAGAGUUCCGAUUUCGACUUAUUAUCAGAAUCGAUGACCACGCCACCUAUUGUUCAUAUUUUGUCAUCAAGAAGUAAUAUUGAUAAGAAGCCGAUACAAGACAGCGCUCUCAUAGUGACGUCAAAUGCUGUAUAUUACACAUUUCGUGUGACUCUUAUGGAACUUAUAAUAAUAUUCUACUUGUAUCCUUUGGGUCGUUUAGUCGAUGACAUGACAUUUUUCAACGGAGUUCGUCCUACGAAGUUAAGGAUUUUCACUUUUUGGGCGGCACCUGUUUUUUAUAUGGGUUGGAUACAAUUGUUUAAACCACUACCAAAUUGGGGGCCAAAAGAUUAUACACUAAGGCAAUUGAGAAAGAGAUACGACUCGCGUUUUUUUAUAACAUCGCAAACGUCAAGAGAGCUAAGCCGUUACCUGAUAGAGAAAUCGGAACUAAACGAGUACAAGUUGGAUGUCCAAUAUGAGAGUCUUUCACGACGACCAAGUCUGAAACCUGCAAUUAACUUAGAGGUUGAGAAAAAUAAAUAA